UAAUUAUAUUCCAAAAUUUGCAAAGCAUGGACUGGAAAGUUGUAAUCCUAAUCGAGAUGCAUGAAGUGCAGCUAGUAGGUAGGUAUAGCUACACCACCAAAAAAAAUCUAUCUGUUGGCCCAUUGUCAAAUGGAGAGAGGAAAGAAAAGAAGGAAGAGAAAAAACUGGGUUUAUGGUGGAGUAUGGGGCUGAGUCGGCGAUGUCCGUAGACCGUGAAAGUUCCCAAUAUGAUGCCGGUUUGUGAGUUUCAGUUGUCCGCCCACAUCUGCGAACAUUAGAUGAGGCGUGUUGGAUGGAUAAAAAUGUUCGGACCAUUGGGUUUGGAAACUUGGCAUUUUGAUGAUCCAUGUUGGAGGUGCUAAAGAAAAAAGCAUAGGAAGGUUUGGCUAGCAUGCAUGAGCGCAAGACCCGCGGUAGUGGCACAUGGAGAAGGAGAACCAUGUGUGUUAACCUAGAUACCUGACCACACAACUGGCUCGUAAUUGUGGUGGCCGACAUUGCACCGUGCAGAGCAUCCAUCCAUAUCCAUAUCCAUAUGCAAGUAAAGAGCCGGGCUUCUUUUCUGAACAGUGAAGCUGAGUAUAGAUAUCUGCUUUUGCUAGAAGACAAUCGUUCUCUCUAGGUCGAUCUCCCACAAAAAUGUUUUGGGUGGAGCUGCGCGCACACAGAUGUACGUGUGGUGCGUGCUCAUCAGUCAUCACUCGUCGUGCCGCGGCGGCCACACCUACUUCGAGUGGCCAGCCAAAUUCGGGCCGACCCAUGCAUGAUCGAACGAAGGACAAGGACGAGACGCCACGCCACGUCCAAGGGAACCAUUUCAGAUUUUCCGGCGGUCGUUUUCGAUCGUUAGGUGCACGGGGCAAAAUAGACGGAUGCACAUUCAGCCGGUCUAUCCAUGGACCACCCAAACUCCAUCCACAAACACAUGGGCAUUAGCUACUUACGAUUUUUUUUAAACAUAAUAUAGACGCAAAUGCUCGUACAUAUGCAGACGGUGCAUGUACACAUACCGACAUACAUACGGCGCGUACAUUUGGCCAUUUCACUCUCUGCGUGUUGGAGUAGGCAACGGUAGUGCAGACUAUGAAAACUUGUGGAUGUACAUUCUCUCCUGUAAUAUACUCCCUCCGCCGCAAAUAUACGAUGUUCUAACUUUUUCUAUGCGGAAAAGCCUUUUAUUGUGAAAGCAAUCGCUCACACAUGUUCACUCUGCAUGGCCGGUCAACUUGGCAUGGGAAGCGCUCUGGAGACGCUGUGCGGGCAGGCGGUGGGCGCAGGGCAGGUGGACAUGCUGGGCAUCUACAUCCAGCGCUCCUGGAUCAUCUGUGGCGCCACCGCGCUGGCCCUCGUGCCGACCUACGUUUUCACGACGCCCAUCCUACAGGCCCUCCACCAGCCCGCCACCAUCUCCGUCGUCGCCGGUCGGUACACGCGAUGGGUCAUCCCGCAGCUGUUUGCCUACGCCGCCAACUUCCCACUGCAGAAGUUCUUACAGGCGCAGAGCAAGGUCUGGGCCAUGACCUUCAUCUCCGGCGUGGGGCUCGCCCUCCACGCCGCGCUCAACUACAUCUUCGUCACGCGCCUCGGUCAUGGCCUCUUCGGCGCCGCCAUGAUCGGGAACGUCACAUGGUGGAUCAUCAUCCUCGCGCAGCUCGCCUACCUCGUCUCGGGCUGCUUCCCGGAGGCGUGGAAGGGGUUCUCAAUGCUCGCCUUCAGCAACAUCGCCGCCUUCGUCAAGCUGUCCCUCGCCUCCGCCGCCAUGCUCUGCUUGGAGGUCUGGUACUACACUGCAGUGCUCAUCCUUGUGGGUCUCCUGAAAAAUGCUCAACUCGAGGUUGACAUCAUGUCAGUCUGCAUCAACUACCAGCUCUGGGCCGUGAUGGUUGCACUAGGCCUCAAUGGAGCAGUGAGCGUUAGGGUGUCGAACGAGCUGGGCGCUAACAAGCCGAAGGCAGCGAGGUUCUCAGUGAUCAUGGCGGUGUCAACGUCCGCUGCCAUCGGUGCAGUCUUCCUGGCCGUGUUCCUUGCCUGGAGGACCGAGCUGCCACGGGUUUUCAGCGACAACGACGAGGUGGUGAGUAAGGCUGCGAAGCUCGGCUACCUUCUUGCAGCAACCAUCUUCCUCAACAGCAUCCAGCCUGUGCUCACAGGUGUGGCGAUAGGAGCAGGGUGGCAGACGCUUGUUGCCUUCAUAAACAUUGGAUGCUACUACUUGGUUGGCAUCCCACUGGGAUUCCUCUUUGGCUUCAAGCUUAAACUUGGUGCACUGGGAAUUUGGGCGGGCAUGUCCAUUGGCACGCUGCUGCAGACUGUUGUACUUCUCAUAAUUUGCUUCAGAACCAAGUGGAAGAAACAGGCUAUGUUGGCCGAAGGGAGGAUAAGGGAGUGGGGAGGAAGCAGCGAAACAUUGCCGGCGGCGACAGACGGUAGCAUAGAUAGAUGAUCAGAUGGUUCCUGCACGCAGAUUGGACAAUGCUAUUUAUGUACAUGGAAAACACAUAUAGGCAGAUUAUAUAACUAAUUAACCUGGACAGAUUGAGAUUGAUCCAAUGUACCUCGACUUCGUCAUUGGGGAAAUCGGUCUUUUAGGAUUUGUUUGGAUCGAAGAAAUGAAAAUCAACUACUAAUUCCUGUUUAA